CUAACCAGUGUAAAUAGAAGUGAACUCAGAGAAGACACAGGAUGGAAAACUCAGGAUGAAUUGUUAGGGCAUGUUGAGUUAGUUCUGUCAAUGCCUGCAGUCAGAUGAUUUCACUGGCUGCACAAGAUGAAAUCUCAUAUUUCAAUGUAUGAGUAAAAGUGUCAAAGUUCAGCUGGAGCAGGGACAAAUACAGAACAAAUUUUGUGUGUAUUUCUAACUACGGCACCCGAGCAACAGAGGAAGCCAAAAUGAGCCGGAAAAGCAAAAGGAGCUUAAAGGAGAAAUUUGUCUUGAAGAACAGCUUGAUUAAAGAAGCCCUCUCAGAAUUCCUGGGAACUUUUAUAUUGAUAGCGCUUGGAUUGGGGUGUGUAGGACAGGCUGUCCUCAGCCGAGGAGUCCAUGGUGGGACCGUGACAAUAAGCAUUGGAUUUGCAAUGGCAGUCACCAUAGCAGUUUAUGUAUCUGGAGGGGUUUCUGGUGGUCACAUAAACCCAGCUGUUUCAUUAGCCAUGUGCGUGACUGGAAGAUUAAAAUGGACCAAAUUACCAAUUUACAUAUUAGCACAACUCCUGGGAGCAUUCAUGGGAGCAGCGGCUGUCUUUGGGAUUUAUUAUGAUGCCAUUAUGGAGUACAGCAAUGGAAAAUUUGAAGUUACAGGACCUAAUGCAACAGCACAUAUCUUUGCAACAUAUCCAGCUCCCUAUCUGUCCCUCGUAAAUGGAUUUGCAGAUCAGGUGAUGUCAACAGCUGUUCUUCUUCUGGUUAUAUUUGCUGUUUUUGACAACAGAAAUAACAGUGUACCAAAGGGCCUGGAGCCAAUUGCAAUAGGACUUCUUAUAAUUGCUCUUACUUGCUCCCUGGGAAUGAACAGUGGCUGUGCCAUGAACCCAGCCAGGGAUCUAGGCCCAAGGCUCUUCACAGCCGUUGCAGGAUGGGGGAUGGAAGUAUUCACGGCUGGAAAUAGUUGGUGGUGGAUCCCUGUAGUUGCACCCAUGCUGGGAGGUGUACUUGGAGCAAUGACCUAUAUGGUUUUUAUUGAAAUCCAUCACUCAGAUACUGAGCCAGGAGAAGAAAAUGAUGUGUAUGAUAAAUACGAACUGACCAAUAUGGAGUAAGAAGUGAAGACUUUUUGCUCUCAUUUUAUUGUGCAGGUUUUACACAAAUGAGUAUUUGCCCCAUUUUAUAAACCCUCAAUUUAAAAUUCACAUUUCAAAGGAGAAAAUCUAUAUAGAAGACAAGUUCAAAACUGGCCAUUGGGCUGAUUAGUUAGGGUUAGGUAAUCGGUUGGACUUGAUGAUCUUGGAGGUCUCUUCCAGCCUGGUUGAUUCUGUUAUUCUGUGAUUCUGAUCACAUUCAAAACUGGGAACUUGGGGGGUGGAAAGUGUAAAUAGUUGGUUUUUUUAUGCAGCUUUCAGAUUGAGUUAUCUCCUAGACAAAAGUGUAGUGAGAUGAUGCACUGACCUGCUAAUUCCAUGCAUAUGAUCUUAUUUGUGUUGCCUAGUUAACUAAAGAUAAAUGAGAUGUUGUCACUUCAUGCAUAGGUAGUGGCUUCAAUGCUGAAUUAAUGUGUAAGAACACUACGUAAGAAAACUAAUUAUUUUUGAAAACUAAAAACAAUAUCCAAAUUGUCUAAAUGUUAAUUGAAGUAGUUUUAAAGCUUACAAAGUUGGAGUCACUAAUUGAACAACAAGGAAUCAACUCAUCAGUAAUGGUGUUUAAUAACUGAGGAUAUGAUCACAAAGGGUAUGAUCACAAACUGUGUCAUAUAAGAUCAACACCAAAAAAAGACAGGGGUCUGCUUCUGCACAGGUUCUUCACAGAACAGCAUCCUAUUACUUUUAAACUAAUUCCCUGACUUCUAUAGUAACCAAUAUUAAAAGCCUAACACAGAAUAUUAACCUGAACCUAUGUUUUUGUACUUUUCUGGAUAAAAUUUAUUCCUGUGAAGACUGGCCAGCAGCAGAGGUUUAUGCUGUACCAAAGUCAGCACAAGGUCCAUGUCUGUAAAAGGUUUACAGUGACCUUGUGCUUCUAAUCUACAUGAGGGGUUUUAAUCUGGUUUGUGGGAGUAAUUUCAUAUUUUGGCAGCAGUAAUUAAAAUUAGAAAUUGGUCUUAGAUCUAGAUCUGCAUUCCCCAAGGAAGGCCAGUUCCACUUUACAGUGCUGAAGUGUGGGCUCCCUGUCACAAAAUAUAAGUGGUUGGACAUACAUCGCUUCCUAAAUGUCCAUCCUUGAAAAGUGAAGGUUUUUUUCUGAUUAACCAUUGUGAAUUGAAUGUAUCUGAUUAAAUCAAAGUUAAUUUCUACUAUGUGCAUGUAUAUACA